AGCUGCAGGCGAUAGAAAAUUUAGCAGCGGGUCCAGAAGAAGGAACGCUGUGUUCAGAGGAAUUAAAUUGCUCUCUGCUAGGGUUAAACAGGAGCCGUCAGAGUUUUAUGAAGGAUAAUUAUUAAGAUUGCAAGUUUGUGACUAGGCGUGGAAUAUGAUGAGCGAGCGGGAUCGCCUGCAGCGUUGGAGGAAUCAGAUCGGAGAGGAGCUGGACAGGGUCAUGAACUUCUGGAUUGAGCACUCGCAUGACCAAGAAUCCGGAGGUUUCUUCACUUGUCUCGGUCAGAACGGUGAAAGGUAUGACGAUCUGAAGUAUAUCUGGCUGCAAGGGAGACAGGUAUGGAUGUACUGCCGUCUCUAUAGGAAAGUACCCAGGUUUCGUAAGCAGGAGGUUCUUAGCGCUGCUAUAGCAGGAGGAAAGUUUCUUAUGGAUCAUGGUCGUCCUACUGCUGGAUCCCUGAAAUGUGCAUUUGUUGUCACACGAGAUGGAAGAGCUGUCAAAAUCCAGCGCACCAUCUUCAGUGAGUGCUUCUUCAUAAUGGCUAUGGAUGAGCUGUGGAGAACCACCCAGGAGGAGCGGUAUAAGAUGGAGGCCUGGAAGACGAUGGAUCAAAUUGUGCAUUGGGUCAGAGAAGACCCAUCUGGGCUAGGGAGACCGGAACUGCCCGGUGCCGGUCCUGUGAACGCCAUGGCCGUGCCGAUGAUGUUACUGAACUUGGUGGAUCAGCUCAGUGAGGACAAUGAAGAAGCGGCAAGGAAAUACGAAGAACUGGGAACAUGGAGUGUGGGGAAGAUAUUACAACAUAUUCAGCGAGAUGGCAAAGCUAUUCUGGAGAACGUUUCUGAUGAUGGAACAGAGCUUCCAGGCUGUAUAGGGAGGCAUCAGAAUCCAGGUCAUGCCAUUGAGGCUGGGUGGUUUCUCCUUCGUCAAGCCAUUGCACAGGCCAACAAAACAUUAGCCCAAACUGCCCUUGAGAAGUUUGUGCUUCCACCUUUCCAAACAGGGUGGGAUAAAGAAUAUGGCGGUCUCUUCUACUUCCAAGACGUGGAUGGAUAUUGUCCUACACAGCUGGAGUGGAGCAUGAAGCUGUGGUGGCCUCACACAGAAGCUCUAAUUGCUUUCCUUCUGGGAUACCUGGAGACCAAGGACUCACAGCUCCUGGAACACUUUCAGAAAGUGUUUGACUAUACAUUCAGCAAGUUCUCUGACCCAGAGCAUGGGGAAUGGUUUGGUUACCUGAAUCGUGAAGGCAAAGUGGAACUUAGUAUUAAAGGAGGUCCAUUUAAAGGAUGUUUCCAUGUUCCAAGAUGUCUGUACAUGUGUGAAGAGAUCCUCUCUAAGCUGCUGAAUGAGCAUAACAUGGCGUAAGAACUGCCCCAAUCAAGGUCAACCAACGGGGACUGUCGAGAGUGGAUGGAUGAAAAAUGGUCACCCCUUUUGUUGCUUUGUUAUCUUGUAAUACUUACUUUCAACAGCUAAAGCUUGGAAAUAUUAACACUGUUAUAUUGUGAGAGCAAAGUGGGCUUACAAAGAAUUUUAUACACCCCACUGAAUGUGUUAAAUCUAUUGCUGGAUACGGCAUUGGUUAAUUGUAUCAUAUGAGUUGCUUCCCCUACCUCUCAUUUAGUAGAGCGUAAUGCUUCACCUACUUCUGUUUAUCAGUAAUGUCUGCAACUUGUCUUAAAGA